UUACAUAUGACGAAUGAAUGUAAAGUGAUUCGGUUGGUGUCUAUUUGAUGUCGUUUAAUGUUUUAAUACAAAUAUUUUAAAAAUAAAUAUGAGUUAACCUUCACAUAGCAUUCACACUGAAAUUAUAUCAUCCCACCAUUAUGUAUUCAAUGAACAAUAUUUCAAGGUUAUGUCGAAGUCGAUUUGUUUUGUAUAAGAAGCGUUUCAACCAUAUCCAAGCAUCAAACCAGACACCAUCAGAAAGAAACAAUGAAAAUAGUAAAUUAGUGAAAGAUUUCCCAUCUAUUCUUCAAGAACACAAGGAUAAAAUAACGUUUAAUUCUUAUUUAGAACAUGAAAAACUAGAACUAGGUUAUUUCAAGUACUAUUUAAAAACUAUAAAAAGAGCUAAACAAAAGCAAAAAAAAGAGCAUGAGGCUAAAUGUCUACCACCGUUGCCUGUCGCACUGCAAUAUUGUGUCGAUAAAGACAAGUUACUGAAGGAAGAUACAAAAAAACAGAAACAAGAACCCGAGAAAGUGUUCCAAAUCCCAUUUGCCAAUACAAAACCUGUAGAUAUAAACGAUGAAGAGAUAAUUAAAACACAACAAGAGAACACUGAACCGGAAUUUGAUAAAUCUAAUAUUAAAAGAUGGAUGACAAACUAUGAAUAUUUUGAUGACUCCCAAUUAGACAAUGAGGAAUUGGAGAGUGAUAUGGACUCUGUAGAUAAUUGGUCUAAAUACUAUGGGACACCGGAUCCUAAUAUGGACGUAAGCCGGGUGCCCUGUGGGGGUUGUGGAGCAUUGCUGCACUGCAGCGACCCAUCUAUACCUGGAUACCUACCUAGUGAAAUUUUCCGAGGCCGAAGCAAUGAGGAAUUGAAAUCUAUGGAGUGUCAGCGCUGUCAUUUCCUUCAGCAAUACAAUAUUGCAUUGGACGUCAGUGUGAAACCAGAGGAAUAUGAGAGACUGUUGCAGUCCAUAAGAUAUGUAAAAUCUUUAGUACUACUUAUGGUAGAUCUUCUGGAUUUUCCAUGCUCAAUAUGGCCAGGUAUUGUGGACAUUAUUGGCACUGAACGACCAAUCAUCGUUGUGGGCAAUAAGGUGGAUUUACUUCCUGGUGAUAGUGUUGGUUAUCUGCAACGGAUCAAAGACUCUCUGAUGACAGAAAUUAAUAAAACUAAACUUAAGGAUGCUAAUAUCAAGUGUGUAGGCCUCAUAUCAGCAAAAACAGGUUAUGGAGUCGAAGAUCUGAUAUCGGCCAUGUUUAAAGAGUGGCUGUAUAAAGGAGAUGUGUACCUUGUUGGCUGCACCAAUGUUGGUAAGAGCUCCCUGUUUAAUGCCUUGCUGCAGUCAGACUAUUGUAAAGUGCAUGCAGUUGAUAUUGUGAAAAGAGCAACUGUCAGUCGGUGGCCAGGCACCACUUUGCACCUACUCAAGUUUCCUAUUAACAGGCCGUCUGGUUGGAAGAUAUAUCAAAGGACUCGAAGACUGAAAUCUGAAGCCAAACUUUUGAAAGUAGAGAAGGAGAUAAGAAAAGCUCAAAUGCUAGGAAUGAGCCCAAAAGAACCACCCACGCUGAUAGGGCAUAUUGGAAGAUCAUUUUCAGAGGUGUAUGAAGAUAGUGGCGACAUUGGAGAGAUCCAGAGAAAAAUGACGACACUAAACGAAAAACAUGAAUUGUUUGCAAAGAGUAAGUGGUUUUAUGAUACGCCUGGAGUCAUUCACCCAGAUCAAGUGUUAUCUUUGCUGACAACAGAGGAAUUACUUCUGACUAUUCCCAAGAAAACAAUCAGACCUCAAACAUAUUAUUUGCACAAAGGUUACACUAUCUUCAUUGGUGGUUUAGCUCGCAUAGAUCAUGUGAACUGUUCAGACCCAUGCCGCUUUACCAUAUUUUGUUCUGAGAGUCUACCCAUAACAGUAACGAAGACUGAAGAUGCUGCAGAAGUGUAUGACAGGUUUUUGGGCACAGAACUAUUCGGCGCACCUACUGGUGGUGACGAAAGACUGAAGAAUUGGCCAGGUUUGCAAAGGUGUGAGAACAUUUUUGAAUUUUCCGGUGAAGGACCUAAACUGUGUUGUGGCGACGUGGUCCUGUCGUCGGUGGCAUGGGUGGCUGUGACAGCUAAAAAGGGUAGUGUAUGUGAAGUGCUAGCAUGGACGCCUGAAGCUCGCGGCAUCUACAAACGGUACCCGUCAGUGCUGCCGUACGCUGUCAACUUGAAAGGCAAAAGGAUACCCGAUACUCCCGCGUACAUGAUUGGCUCCAUAUACUCGGAAGAAUAGAUUCAUAACGUUUGCGUCGAUGUGCUAUAGAAUUGUGCUACAUCUAGUAAAUAAUCGAUAGUUAUUCUUAGUUAUUAUUGUUUCUAAAACAAUAAUUUAUAAUGGUUGAAAUCAAACGAUGUGUAUUUGCAUAAUACUGUGUAUUAUUACAAGUACUUAAAGAAAAUUAAUUAAGUAUAUCAUAACAUUGGUUU